AUGUCCGGAUUUGAUCACAGGUCCUAUUAUGAAAUGCUUCGAGACUCCAUGUCUGUUUCUUUGGUCCGCGCAGUCCUGAAUAAGGAACUCGCUGAGUCCAAGGAAACAAGGCUUCAAGCCAGUCGCAAUGGCGGAGAAGUCAAUGCGAAGAAAGAGGCGGAAGAUUUGUCGGACUUUGUUGAGUUCCUUGCCGCCGAUUUAUUUGAAUACUUCCCGAAGGAAUUGACGGAAGUGACGUAUGAUUCGAAAACCGGGGACGAAACUGGCUGGACUGGUUCGAUAGAAAUGGCAGAGGGCUUCCUCAAUAACUUGCCAUCGACAUAUGUUGAUUCGAUUGUUGACGCAAAGCUCUUGAAUGAUGCAGAGGAUGUCAAGAGAAUGACCACAUCGGUAAUGGAGGAUUACCUUGCUGCGGCGACCGCCCCGCCCCUUAGGUGGACAGAAACUAAACCGCUAGAGUGCGAGCUUUGCGGCAGGGAAGUUAGGUUAACGUGGUUACCACCACCUGAUACCACGAUCUACACACGCCCGGGUACUAAAGAAGAAGAUACAUCCAGAAUACAUGCUGAAUCGCGUCGCCUGGCUAUGUCGACUCUGCCACUCAUUUGUGCACCACUGUGA